UAAAAUUUUCAGAGCACUGUUAAAAUGACGCCGCAGCGGAUCAAUGACUGAUACAAUGGUCUAGAGUGUUAAGUUCCAUUCCUUGAAAAUGGUUUCUGAUACGGACUUAGAGUUACAGGAAACUGUUGUUAUUUUGAAGUUUGAACUCCCUACAGUGCUUCUACGGUUUUGUCCAGUUUGCGGAUAUUCGAUCUCUGAAGAUUUCCAGCUUAAAGAAAUUCAGGAUCAUUUCAGUGAAUGUUUGGGUGUUGAAACAAGUAUUGCUGUCAAGUCUAGUAAAGAUGUCAGAAAAUUCAGAAAAGAUCUGAAGUGUAGAAGCUGUGAUAAAAGAUAUGGGAAUAAUUAUGAAAGCGUUGAAGUCAGUCAACAGUUGGAGGAUGUUGAAAAGAGGGCAGAAGAUAGAUCGGAAAGGACUGAGAACGGGUUUGAAUUUGUGAGUACAGAGGUUGCUAAGACUGUGGGCGGUUCGGAGGAUAUAGAGGAUGGUUUAAGGUUGGAGGCAGUGGAAGAAAAGGAAGAUGAACAUCAUCAACUAGAUUCUGGGUCGGAGAACCAUCCUCGAUCGAACCCAAGUCGCGAAGGAUCUCAGGAGGUUCUGCUUGAUAAAGGUGGCGGUAACUUUGAUCACAUUGAUGAAGCUCAAACCAUCCUUCCAGUGGAAACGAAGCCAGUUUCGGAAGUCGGCAAGCCGAUCUCAAAAACCCACAAACCGGUUUCUGAAAUCCGAAAACCGGUAUCUGAAAUCCGAGAGAGGCAUUUGGAUUCUGUUCAUCUUGGGAACAAGGUUCACAGUUGUUCCUAUUGUACUAAAGCAUUUAAGGAUAAGACAUCGCUUAGGCAUCAUGUGCAGGGACACACAGAUGCAAGACCUUUCAGCUGUAAAACCUGCAGUAAAUCUUUUAGGAGAAAGGAGUCCCUGCAGUAUCAUGAGAACACCCAUCUAAACAUCAAAUCUUUUAUCUGUUCAAAGUGCGCCAAAUCAUUCAAAAACCUCAGAGACCUGAAACACCAUGAGAAGAUUAUUCACUGUGAGGAAACCGGUCAGAGUAUUGAUGUAUCUGGACUAGGUCUACUGCCUGGCAUGCAAACCAUAUCCGUCAAAACAGAAAAGUAUAAAACAGAAGAUGAUGUUAUAACAACCAAGACUGUGUACGUGAUGGAGCCUGAUGUACCAGGGGGUUCAAGUACAGUGCAACUCCUGGGACCAGGAUCACCAUACACCCUUGGAGUUCCCCAGCUACGGAGUGAUAAAGAGGUUCAUUUUUUACAAAUAUUGUCCUGUUAG